GCUCUGUGCUUGUUGUGGCGUUCCCUUCCUCCGCACCCGUCCCUCCGUGCUGCCGCUAGAGAGUUAGCUAGGAAUUGGAGGAAGGUCUAUCUGAUCUGUCGUGACAGCCCGUUCUCCUAAACUUUUCCAAGUCUAGGUUGUGCCUGACAGACGGAGAGAGUGUUUUAUCUGUGUUUUCGAUGCAUAGGAGUGUCCUGGGAGCGGCGAAGGGAGAAGUGAGAGCCUCGGGAACACCAAAACAUUUACAGCCUCGACUUCAGCUCCAAUCCACUGUUACCGUUGUCAGAUGAACAAACUGGGCAGAAAGCUGUGCUGAUAGAUUGGUUGGCUUUAGAUACUGGGAUGAAAAUAGAGGAAGUGAUGCCAAGGACUGACAGAUGGAACCAUAUUAGGCCCUGCCAUUCACUGUGGAUUAUACAGCGCUGGUGGUCCUGACUGUUCAGCAGGAUGAGUGAGGCGGACGGCCAGUUUUACAGCGUUCAGGUGGGAGACUCCACCUUCACUGUACUCAAGCGCUACCAGCAGCUCCGCGCCAUCGGCUCCGGGGCCCAGGGCAUCGUCUGCUCUGCUCUAGAUACAGUCCUUGGUAUACCAGUGGCAGUGAAAAAGCUGUGUCGGCCCUUCCAGAACCAGACCCAUGCUAAGCGUGCCUACAGGGAGCUAGUGCUGCUCAAAUGUGUCAAUCACAAAAAUAUCAUCCGUCUGAUCAAUGUGUUCACGCCUCAGAAGUCCUUGGAGGAAUUCCAGGACCUGUAUCUAGUGAUGGAGUUGAUGGAUGCCAGCCUGUGCCAGGUGAUCCACAUGGACUUGGACCAUGAGAGAAUGUCCUAUCUGCUCUACCAGAUCCUCUGUGGCAUCCGGCACCUGCACUCUGCUGGCAUCAUCCACAGGGACCUGAAGCCCAGUAACAUUGUGGUGAAGUCAGAUUGCACUCUAAAGAUCUUGGAUUUUGGCCUGGCUCGGACGGCCUGCACUAACUUCAUGAUGACCCCUUAUGUGGUGACCAGAUACUACCGUGCGCCAGAGGUCAUACUGGGGAUGAAGUAUAAGGAGAAUGUGGACAUCUGGUCAGUGGGGUGCAUCAUGGGAGAGAUGGUUAAGGGCAGCGUUAUCUUCCAGGGCACCGACCACAUUGACCAGUGGAAUAAGGUGAUUGAGGUUCUGGGCACACCCAGUCUGGAGUUUAUGAACCGACUGAUGGAGACCGUGAGGAACUAUGUGAUGAACAAGCCGCAGUAUCCUGGCGUCAGCUUUGACGAGCUUUUCCCAGACUGGGCCUUUCCUUCUGACUCAGAACAUGACAAACUGAAGACAGGUCAAGCACGGGACCUGCUGUCCAAAAUGCUGGUCAUUGAUCCUGAGUGCCGCAUCUCGGUAGAAGAAGCCCUCAAUCACCCGUACAUUCACGUGUGGUACGACCCUGGAGAGGCCGACGCGCCCCCUCCCCAGAUCUCAGAUAAGCAGCUGGAAGAGAGAGAGCACUCCAUCGAGCAAUGGAAAGAACUCAUUUAUGAAGAGGUGAUUGAUUGGGAAGAGAGGAACAAGAAUGGACUGAUGAAAGAAGAUUGCUCAGAUGUGGUGUCGGGUUCAGCCUCCCAGUCGUCUUCAGCCAACGACAUCUCGUCCAUGUCCACGGAGCACACCUUGGCCUCGGACACAGACAGCAGCAGCAUCGACACGCUGACAGGACCGCUGGACGAGAUUCAGUGAACACCGUUCAUGGCCACAUGUGUUUGCCUGUCUGCCUGCCUCAGUCCUCCCCUCACAUUUACACUAUCAAUCAAUCACCUUCCUUUCUUCUCUUUAAUCCACACACACACAUUUUCUGAAUUUAUUUUGUCCUGGGUUUUCCUUUUUUCCUCUUUAACCUCAAUGAAUAGGUCUAUUUUUCUAUUUUCUUUCUGUGUGUGAUCUGGUUGAUCUUGUUGAACCUCUUCAACAACCGUUUUGGGCUAAGGUAUCUGUAUGGUCAAAGGUUUGUCUUUCUCUUUGUGGAUAUUGUUUACCUUCAUCAAGUACAUAUGAUGUAUGCAUAUGCAUAUGAAUUUCAAGUUUCAGGUUACCAGGAGUAGGUGGGGGAUUGUUGUUUGUUCCAUAUGCCUGUAAUUUAAUAGUUUUAUUUUUUUAAGCGAAUAUUGCGUUGAGACCAGAGGUUAUCAAAUUAGAGCAGACACGCACUGAACAUAGACCACAGCUGCCAGCUGCUUUCAUGCAUGUGACGCCAAUAUGAACAAAAGCUUGCCAUAAGUCGACCGCACCAACCAUCUGAUGUCCAUCUGGUGAUCAAACACUCAUCCAAAGUUUGAUGGAUCCUUUAGCUAGCGCGCAGUAUUGCACAUCUCCACAGUGGUGCUUUCUCCAUUGUGUUUUUUUUUUUUUUUUUGUAAUGAAUUGCCUCGAGUGAUGUGGAUUUUAAGCUUUUCUUCCUGACAGCUAGGGGAAGCUGGGUUUGCAGUGUUCAAUUUUUAUUUCCUGAUACUAUGUACUGUAUGUAAAGAUGUCAUAAUCUGACACUCAUAGUCGCUGUAGACCAUUUCACUACUAAUAGGUAAGGUGUGCUCAUUUUGUUUAGAAACCCACCAUAUCUGUAGAAAACCAUAUUGCACCCACAUUUGGACAUAAGGUACUGACUAACAAUGUGUAUAUCAAAAAAACAUCAUGAUCCUGUAAAUUUGGGGCAGGCAAAAAGAUACAUCUAGUAUUCAUGUUUGUGUUCUUGCAAAAUGUUGCACACAAUCACAUUGAGGCCCAUGUAAAAUAAGCCUCUUAUCGAAGCAUUUCAUUGACAAAAUCAAUGCACUGGCUGCUCCUUUUCUAAACCAUUCCAUUAGUACUGGAGCAGUCACAAAAUACAUUAUGAAUCAGAUAUCAUGUAGAACACAUGUAAAGGCAGUAAAACGCAAAUAAUUGUGUUUAACUUGCAUGAAGGCAUUAAAGAUGCCGAUAAGAUACCGUAGUUCAUGUUAUAGAAGAGAAAUCCAUUCAGGUCUGUUCUUUUUCUUACAGUACCUUGAUGUUCUUGGUUCUGAAAGCCUGUUUGAUGCAGAUGUAUUUUUUUUUUUUUUUUUUUUUGCCUUGUAAGCCUAUAUGUGUUUGUGUGUGUGUUUAAAAAA